AUGCCUGACGGCUUCCACCGAACACUCCGAUUAAAGAAGGUUGCCUACUGUCCCGGUUUCUCAUCGAGCCUGGUUUCUUUGCAGACUCUUAUCGACGACGAUCAGAUCUUUUGGGAUACGCUGUCUGAGCCUAUGAGGCUAGUCCGAAAGGGCCAGACUAUCGGGAUCACCGAGAGGAAAUAUCAGCAGUUUGUUGUUGAAUACCAGCCCGUGGAAACCGAAUUCCCGGAUUUCAACAAGAUCCUCGACCUGCCUCUCAAGGAGACGGGCCGAAAACCGUCGAAUGCGAGUACUGUGCUCAGGGGAAGGUCAGAAGACUGGACCGACCUUGCGAGAGACCACGAGAACUACACCUACAAGGCAAAGGAACACGGAGCUGUCUUGAAAGACUUUUCCUCCUUUAUGCUCGCUCGCUUUGGAUUUAAGACGAAUGUCAAGGUCAUUGCAACGAGAGAUGUUGUCUUUGACGAGUAUACGUUCUUCGAAGGAGGAGGCGAGCGGAUGCCGCUGCCUGCGAGCAUCGGAGAGAUGAUCCAACAGAUUGAAAUCCCGGAAGACCAGACGGCGAAUCAGGCCAUCCUUGACGAAGAGACCGAUGAAGACACUGAUAUCGAGGACCUCGAGGAUGAUGACAUCAGAAUGGCUGAAGAUAACGAAGUCGAGGAGCAGGGACAACAACAAAGCGAAGAGCAGGAAAAGAAGACUACGGAGAGCGCGGAGCUGGAAGAUGCAUACCUAACGCCACCAGCUUCUGACCCGGAGGAAGAACCACAUGGAGUCUUUUCGGUUCACUUUCCAUACGCUGACCCUAAUGGGGUGGUGGUAAAGCCCCUUUCCAAGUCGAUCUGGAGCCGUUGCAAGCUCAGAAGAGAGUCCGUGUUCAGGAUGAUCCUGAAGAGGAGGCUCACCCUGAGGGUGGGUUGCUCUCUUGGAGGAGCGGCAUUUCAAGCCGACCUUGAAGGCCUGAUGAAAGAAUCGCGUUUGAAAGCUCUGGAACCAUUUGAUCAACCAGAGCUGGAUCAGUCAUACAUCGACCGUUUUGCCGACUUCGUCCCGGUGCCAAUUGAGGACGGGGUGCACGGAGCCUUCACAGCAGGAAGGUUGUUCAGACCGAAAAGCGCAAAAGUCCACAAGAGAGACCUACCCGAGCCUCCACAGACGCAGAAGCAACUAGAAAAACACCCGUAUAGAGAGGAAUUCACCCAGGCUCAGAGAGACCACCUGGCCUCACAUGCGGAAAUGGGCUCGUUUGACGAGGUCUUCUGGACGAAGGCUGCUGGAAAGCAGGUCCUCGGUUGCAAGUGGUGCAAAGCUCGCCUCGUUGUCUGUGGCAAUCAGCAAGAAAAGGGGGACCUGCCUACUCGAGCGACUACCCUCGCAGGAAUGUCGUUUCGUACGCUAAUGGCCAUUGCCGCGAAACACGACCUCGAAUUGGAACAGAUGGAUGCAGUCAAUGCUUUUGUUCAUGCCCCCCUCGACGACGAAGAAGUUAUCUUCAUGAGGAUGCCACCGGGGUUCCAGAAGAGGGGGAAAGUCCUACGCCUGAGAAAAGCUCUCUACGGACUACGCCGCUCGCCGCUCCUCUGGCAACAGAUGCUUACGUCGUCUCUAGAGGAACUGGGAUUCAGAAAAGUUCCCCAGGAGCCGUGUGUCAUGAUGAAGGGAGCGGUGACCGUCUUCUUCUACGUUGAUGACAUCAUCUGGGCAUUCCGGAAGGAGGACGAAGGGGUCGUCGAAGAAGCUACUCGGGGACUACAGAAAAAGAUCAACCUAACUCGGCUUGGAGAACCUCGCUGGUUCUUGGGGAUUCACGCCUAUAUCGACAAGAUCGCGUAUAAGUUCCUGUUAAACAACGACAACGCCCCUGAGUCUCUCAAGCUCCCAGACACGCCAAUGAUCUCUGACGAAGAGCUCCUGCCAGCUACAAGCCAAGCAAAUGAAAGGGAAAAACAUCAGUAUCUCCAGAAGGUUGGUUCCGUGCUCUUCUCAGCAAUUUCAACGCGACCAGAUAUUGCGUUUGCCGUAUCCCGACUGGCAAGACAUAACCACAAUCCCGAUGAGAAGCACCAGAAAGCAGCAGACAGAGUUAUCCUCUUCCUCUUUGCAACGAGAUCACAAUUCAGUCGACAGGAAGAGCUCACAAGGCUACGUCAUGACCCUAUUUGGAGGAUCAGUGGCGUGGAGAGCGUCAAAGCAAGCGACAGUCACGACGUCAAGCACGGAGGCUGA